AUGCAGAAACUGAGAAAAGCAGUGAGCGAGAUCGCCUACGCUCAGAACCACGCUAAGCUCACUCAUCUUCAACUCUGUCUGAUCCCUGUCCUCCGCUUCGCCUCCUCUCUCUACAAGCUCGCUCUCUCUCUCCGCCGCUCUCUCUACCAUUCUGGCCUCUUCAGAAAGCACCGGUUGCCGGUGCCAGUGAUCAGUGUUGGGAAUUUGACAUGGGGAGGCAAUGGGAAAACUCCGAUGGCAGAGUUCAUUGCUCGCUUUUUAGCUGAUUCAGGAAUUUCACCUCUCAUUCUUACUAGGGGUUAUGCUGGUGGGGAUGAAGCCAAAAUGCUUCGUACGCAUUUACUUGGAAGGCCUGUAAAGAUUGGUAAAGUGGGGCGUCAUCUUAGUUCAGAAAAAAAUGGUGCUGUAAUUCUUGACGAUGGAAUGCAGCACUGGAGCUUGCAGCGUGAUCUAGAGAUUGUAAUGGUUAGCGGAUUAACACUAUGGGGCAACUGUCACUUAAUCCCAUGUGGACCGUUAAGGGAGCCUUUCAAUGCGCUUAGACGGGCAGAUGUUGUUGUACUCCAUCAUGCAGAUUUGAUAGGAGCAUUCAAUGUUGAUCGCCUUGAAUUCAGCAAUCAUCACAUAUUUCAGGCCAAGGAUAUUGAGAUGAUCGGGAGGAGACUAAGAGAGCUGGAGGACAUGUUUGGGCACAAGCCAGUUGUUAUCGUCACAGAAAAGGAUUACGAUCGAGACCCAGAGAUUUUUAAGCACUUGGAUCCUUAUGAAGUUUUGGCACUCUGUUCGGAAUUGAAGAUCAUACUUCACAGAGAAUGCAAUGAAGAUGGCUUCAAAAAGUUAUUGAAAGGAGAUUUGAAAGAUGAAUUACAAGGUACAUAG